ACUUAGUGAGGCUUUUAACGAUGGUGGACUACCGAUUGCUCGACGACGAUGAUGGCGAGGUUCGUUUCAGUGUCGUCUCCUCAGUUCCAUUUCAGCGUCCGUGAUUUUCCUCCUCCGUCUUCGAAUCUUCAACCCAGACGGCUCGAGGUCUCGGACCGGAGAUUUCCGGUGGUUCCGAUCAAGUGUUCUUCAUCUGAGCCGGAAGAUGGUGGAGAUUCGGCGCCGUCGCUGCUGUCUUCCUCCUCAUCGUCGUCAGCAACUGAAGUAUCUACUAACAGCUGGACAUACAACUGGUACACCGGAAUCGGCGGUGUUGGGAUGUUAGACACCGCGUAUUUGACUUACCUCAAGCUCACUGGCUCCGAUGCGUUUUGCCCUGUUGGUGGUGGCACUUGCGGAGAUGUUCUAAACAGCGACUAUGCUGUCGUUUUCGGUAUUCCUCUCCCAGUGAUUGGAUUUUGUAUGUAUGGUUUAGUAACUGCUCUAAGUACACAGCUCGGGGAAGGGAAUCUACCUUUUGGAAUCAGUAAGACCAAUGGGCGUUUUGCGUUAUUUGCGACCACGACUGCAAUGGCAUCUGCUAGUGCAUAUUUCCUGUACAUCCUUAGCACAAAACUCUCAGGAUCAUCGUGCCUGUACUGCCUAGUGUCUGCUUUCCUAUCGUUUAGUCUAUUUUUCCUCUCUUUAAAGGAUGUGAAGUUGCAAGAGAUACAGCAAGUUGUAGGACUACAGAUAUGCUUAGCAAUCAUAGUAGUUGCCUCCUUGACUGCUUCCUACAGUACUGCUCAACCAAUCCCUUCACGCUCAGGUGACAUUGAGCUGCCAUAUUUCUCUACAGAGAUCACUACAUCAUCGAGCCCUUAUGCUAUUGGCUUAGCAAAACAUCUAAACUCAAUUGGAGCUAAAAUGUAUGGAGCAUUCUGGUGUUCUCACUGCUUAGAGCAAAAAGAGAUGUUUGGAAGAGAAGCGGCAAAACUACUAAAUUACGUGGAGUGUUUUCCCGAAGGAUAUAAGAAAGGAACCAAGAUAUUCAGGGCAUGUUCAGAUGCUGGUAUCGAAGGAUUCCCAACAUGGAUAAUAAACGGUCAGGUCUUAAGCGGAGAAGUAGAACUCGCUGAACUAGCGGAGAUGUCUGGAUUCAGCCUUGAUCAGGGAAAUGAAGCCAAUCAACUUCAGUAAAUUUUUUUGUAUUGUUGCAGAAAAUAUUAGGUGAAUCUGUGAAUGUUCUUUGCUUGAUCCUGAUAGUUAUAGGGCAUUCUAUGCAGUUGCAAGUGAUUAAAAUGCUAAUUAUUGCCAUAAAAGGCUGAGAACUCCAUGGUCUCUCUCUCUUAGCCUUUACUAGAGCAUCACUCUCUCUUAGCCUUAACUAGAGCAUCACUCUUUCAUCAUAUAAAGAUUUUAGGUUCAUAAAAAUGGUUAGGUUCUACUUGUAAUUUGAGAACCUGCAGUCUUGUAGUAGUGUGACAUUAUGUGUCUAAUGCCUAGAAAUGAGGUUUAUGUAAGAGUCAGACAUGGAUGUAUUUGUAUGUAUAAAUGAUUUAUGCGUGUAUAUGUACAUGUACUAUAUGUAUGUUUACCGGUGUAAGGGAUAGGAAUUUAUCUAUAUUAUUGUUAUAUGCAGAUGACA